AUGAAAGUUGGACGACUAGCCACAUUGUUAUCUCCCCAAACCCACAAACCCCCUCUCCCACCAAAUCAGAUUUUCCCGCCAAUACAAUCCCACCCACCUCUCCCAGACGCCACUGUUCUAUCCUCUGCUCUGCAGAGUUACAUCAACUCAGAAAACCCUUACCCAGGCCAAAAGAUCCAUGCCCACAUUCUCAAAUCCGGGUUCCGACCCAAUAACAAUGUCUCCAUCAAGCUCCUCAUCCUACACCUCAAAUGUGGGUCACUCAAAUACGCACGCCAGAUGUUCGAUGAAUUGCCUGCGAGAACUCUUUCGUCUUAUAAUUACUUGAUCAGUGGGAAUCUCAAACACGGCCAAGUAGAGGAGUCGCUGAGUUUGGUUCGGCAGCUGGUUUUAUCUGGGGAGAGGCCUGAUGGGUACACCUUUUCGAUGAUUUUGAAAGCCUCCACCUGUAAUGGUAAUGUUGCAUUGCCACCGAGUUUGGGGAGAAUGGUGCAUGCCCAGAUAAUUAAGUCGGAUGUAGAGGGUGAUGAUGUGCUUUAUACCGCGCUUGUUGCGUCUUAUAUUAAGAAUGGGCGAGUUGGAUAUGCGAGGUGUGUGUUUGACAUGAUGUUGGAUAAGAACAUCGUGUGUUCAACAUCGAUGAUUUCAGGGUACAUGAGUCAAGGAUCAGGGGAAGAUGCUGAAGAUAUAUUCCGGAAAACGGUUGAGAAGGAUGUUGUGGUGUUUAAUGCAAUGAUUGAAGGUUACAGCAAAUCAGUUGGAUCUGCUAAGAAGUCAAUUGAGGUUUACAUUGAUAUGCAGCGGUUGAAUUUCCAACCCACUAUCUCUACAUUUGCUAGUCUUAUCGGGGCAUGCUCGGCGCUGGCAGCAUUUGACAUUGGCCAACAAGUGCAAUGUCAGCUUAUGAAGACCAACUUAUUCGUGGAUAUAAAAAUGGGAAGUGCCCUUCUAGACAUGUACUCGAAAUGUGGAAGAGUUGAGGAUGGACGUAGAAUUUUUGACCACAUGCCUCAAAGAAAUGUGUUUUCAUGGACUUCGAUGAUUGAUGGUUAUGGGAAGAAUGGAUAUUCUGAUGAAGCACUUGAGCUUUUCAGUGUAAUGCAGAAAGAAUACCAAAUCAAACCCAAUUUUGUCACAUUCCUCAGUGCUCUCUCAGCUUGCGGACAUGCUGGGCUGGUUGAUAAGGGCCUUGAGAUCUUCGAAAGCAUGAAGAGAGACUACUCAAUAAAACCAACAAUGGAGCAUUAUGCUUGUAUGGUUGAUCUCUUGGGACGUGCUGGACGUUUGCGUCAAGCAUGGGAGUUUGCAAAGGGGAUGCCUAUGCAGCCCAAUUCUGAUGUUUGGGCAGCUCUUCUUAGUUCAAGUACAGUACAUGGUGAUAUUGAGAUGGCAAGGAUAGCUUCCAAUGAACUUUUUAAGCUGAAUCAUGACAGUCGACCAGGGGCAUAUGUUUCAUUCUCUAAUAAUUUGGCAGCUGCCGGGAAUUGGGACAGUGUGAGUGAGCUUAGAGAGAAAAUGAAGGCUCGAGGGAUAUCUAAAGAUAUUGGAUGGAGUUUGGUUGGUACUGAUAGUAAUUGAUGAAUUUCUGAAAAGCUACUAUGGACUAGAGGAGGUUACUGCAAACAAGAUCUAUGGUUGGAUAGCGGGAAGAUUUCAAAGCUGAUGACUGCUCCAGCGCAAGAUAAUGUGCAGGUAGCAAACGAUCUAUGUGGAUCUAGAAAUUACUCUACAGCGAUUGGUUCAUGGAGUUUCGUACACAUCAAGGCAGUUAGAUGGGCUCAGCUUUAAGAGCUGUACUGGAGAAUCACUUCCUCUUAAUUUGAGAUACAGUAAUCAAGUAGAGUAUGUCUAUUCUUUGCCACAGACUUAUUCUGUUGGAGUGCAAAAAGAAAGAAUCCGAAUUCAGUCAUUGUGGACCAAUGCAGUCAGUAGUUCAAGCUUUUCACUCUCAAACUGGAUCAUAGGCGCUAUUA